AUAAGAAAAGAAGAAAAAUCCUUAAACCCUAACCCCCUUAAUUCAGAAGUCAGAAUUCUCUUAUUUUCAAAUCUCAGGCAUUUCUUUUCACUCCCAGUCCGAUGAGCCAAUAAAGACAGCAAUGGCCUCCAAAUCACAACCUUUCUCAUGGUCGCGCCUCCUCCUCAACUACCAGGUACUGAAAAGACCUCUCAAUUCCCCACUCCACUUUUCCCGCAAAAUCUCCAGUUGCCCACAGUUUCCCACCUCCCAAACGCAGACUUUCUCGUUUUUAACUAAGACCCAUUAUUCCACUUCCACAUCUAGGGUGGUUCAGGACCUUCUGGCCGAGGUUGAGAGAGAGAGGCAGAGAGAAAGGGAUCAGAGGAAAAGGGCUGGCUUGGACACCAAAGAUAUUGACGCCGAGGAUGAGGAGGACUACAUGGGGGUUAUGCCAUUGAUAGAGAAGCUUGAAAAGGAGAAGCUCAAGGAAACCGGGGACUUGAACCAGUACGAAGAGCCUACGGACUCCGAUAGCGAUGACGACGACGAGCGUUUUAGCGCUGAGGCCGUGAAGAAGAGGUGGGAUCAAUUCGAGAGGAAGUUCAAGCGGCACGAGGAGCUGCUUAAGUACUUCACUGAGGCGGAAACACUUGAUGAUGCCUUCAAAUGGAUGAGUAAAAUAGACAAGUUUGAGCAAAAACAUUUCCAACUCCGCCCUGAAUAUCGGGUGAUUGGUGAGUUGAUGAACCGUUUGAAAGUAGCUGAGGGAAAGGAUAAAUUCAUUCUUCAGCAAAAACUGAAUAGAGCUAUGAGGCUGAUAGAAUGGAAGGAAGCUUAUGAUCCUAACAAUCCUGCCAAUUUUGGGGUUAUUCAGCAUGAACAAGUUGGGCCCUCUGCUGAUCUUUUGGAGCAUGCUGGAUUUGAGAAGGAGAAGCAAAUGAUACUGGGUGAUGAUGAUGAUGAGGAAGAGUUUGAUGACAUGAAAGAGAGGGAUGACAUACUUUUGGAGAAGCUUAAUGCCAUUGACAAAAAACUUGAAGAGAAGCUAGCAGAGUUGGAUCAUACGUUUGGAAAGAAGGGUAAGAUUCUAGAGGAAGAGAUUAGAGAUCUUGCCGAGGAGAGAAAUGAGUUGACAGAGAAGAAAAGAAGACCUCUUUACAGGAAAGGCUUUGAUGUGAAAUUGAUUGAUGUGAAUCGAACCUGUAAAGUUACAAAGGGUGGACAAGUGGUCAAAUACACUGCUAUUUUAGCUUGUGGAAACUAUCAUGGUGUUGUUGGCUUUGCUAAGGCCAAAGGCCCUGCAAUUCCUGUUGCUCUUCAAAAGGCAUAUGAGAAAUGCUUUCAGAAUCUCCACUAUGUGGAACGGCAUGAGGAGCAUACAAUUGCACAUGCAAUACAAACAUCCUAUAAAAAGACAAAGGUGUAUCUCUGGCCUGCACCCACUAGGACAGGUAUGAAAGCAGGGAAAACUGUCCAAACAAUAUUGCAUUUAGCUGGUUUUAAAAAUAUCAAGUCUAAGGUCAUUGGCUCAAGAAAUCCUCACAACACUGUGAAGGCUCUCUUCAAAGCUCUCAACGCGGUUGAAACUCCAAAGGAUGUCCAAGAAAAGUUUGGGCGGACUGUUGUUGAGAAGUACUUGCUUUGACAGGUUUUAGAUCCACUGCAAUGGAUCCAGUUACCUCCAAGUAUAUUUCCUUGAAUGUGAAAGACCUUAACUUAUUAGAUGAUGAGUAUACAGGUUUUGGUAUUCGUCUUAUUGUUUUUUACCCAUGUGAUCUUUGAUGAUUCUCUUGACAAUUUUGUCGUAAAGAGAGGGAAGAAAUUAGAAUCCUGAACUUAACAGGCUUUUAAUAUUGCCAAAUGCCAAUAAGUAAUUGUGAGAUUUAUGG